AUGUUUAUUGUGCAUGCGUUGUUUAUUUUGCUGCUUUUGGUAAUAUUUGCGCAGUUGCAUUACAAUCAAACAACAAGCGGUCGUCAAUCUCAUUUUGCUGAAAAAGUAUUCAACGCUGCAAGUAUAAAAAUUCGGCAGGUUCUAAUUUCAAGCAUAGUCGAUCCUAAGGUGCGAUUAACAGCUCCGCCAACAACAGCAGCUCCGCCAACAACAGCAGCUCCGACAACAAUAGCAUCUCCGACAAUAACGCCACCAUUAAACGCAGCGGCAUUAACACCAACAACAACAGCAGCUCCGCCAACAGCAGCAGCUUUGACAACAACGCCACCAUUAAACGCAGCGGAUUCAACACCAUCAACAACAGCAGUUCCGCCAACAACAGCAGCUCCGACAACAGCGCCACCAUUAAACGCAGCGGCAUUAACACCAACAACAACAGCAGCUCCGCCAACAACAGCAGCUUCGACAAAAACGCCACCAUUAAACGCAGCGGAUUCAACACCAUCAACAACAGCAGUUCCGCCAACAACAGCAGUUCCGACAACAAUAGCAGCUCCGACAACAGCGCCACCAUUAAACGCAGCGGCAUUAACACCAACAACAACAGCAGCUCCGCCAACAGCAGCAGCUCCGACAACAACCGCAGCUCCGACAACAACGCCGCCAUUAAACGCAGCGGCAUUAACACCAACAACAACAGCAGCUCCGCCAACAACAGCAGCUCCGACAACAACCGCAGCUCCGACAACAACGCCACCAUUAAACGCAGCGGAUUCAACACCAUCAACAACAGCAGUUCCGCCAACAACAGCAGCUCCGAAAACAAUAGCAGCUCCGCCAACAACAGCAGCUCCGACAACAACCGCAGCUCCGACAACAACGCCACCAUUAAACGCAGCGGCAUUAACACCAACAACAACAGCAGCUCCGCCAACAACAGCAGCUCCGACAACAACCGCAGCUCCGACAACAACGCCACCAUUAAACGCAGCGGCAUUAACACCAACAACAACAGCAGCUCCUCCAACAACAGCAGCUCCUCCAACAACAGCAGCUCCGACAACAACCGCAGCUCCGACAACAACGCCACCAUUAAACGCAGCGGAAUUAACCCCAACAACAACCGCAGCUCCUCCAACAACAGCAGCUCCGACAACAACCGCAGCUCCGACAACAACGCCACCAUUAAACGCAGCGGAAUUAACCCCAACAACAACCGCAGCUCCGACAACAACGACAACAACUCCAGCACCAAAGGCAGCAGAAGUAAAGUUGACAACACCAGCAAGCACACAAAUGGCAACAAAACCAACAACAUCAACAACAUCACCUCCAGCAGUAAAAUUAGCACCAGCAGCUCCGACAGCAAAGCAAGCAGUAGUAGCUCCAAAAAUAACAACUACGACGAAGCCUAAGAAGACUAAGACGCCACAUAAUAACCGUCUGAGUGGUACACAGCAUCGAAACCAUGGAUUAAAGCUCGAUCGAGCCCAUGAUGCUUUUGAAUUGUCAAGAAGCAAAACAACCAUGCGUCCUUUGCUGCUGUUGGGAGUUUUCGCCUUUGCAUUAGUGUGCAUCUAUCAGGCUGAUUCAGCUACUACGACCACAACUGAUGCAACAACAACAACAACUGAUGAUACAACCACCGAUGAUUCUGACGACACUACGACGACCACUGCCUCAUCUUCAACGACAUGUACCAACUCCUGUCAACGUGUUCGUAAACCAGUUUGUGCUAGGGUCGGAGGCGUUAAACGAACUUUCAUUAAUCUCUGCUUCAUGAAAGCCGCUAAGCGCUGUGCACGCAUCAAGGGUAGAAAAAAUGUAGUAUUUUUGCAUCAAAAUGCAUGCACUGAAGUAGUGCGUAUACGUCGUCGUAUUGUCAGGCGUGCUAUCGCAAACAGGCGUCGUAAAGCUAACGGACUGCGUCGAAGAACUGGAUAA